AUGGAGGGGCGCUGGAUGGGAGGCGCAUCAGGAGCGCCCCCCCGUGCCUCUCCUUUGCACCAGAAACAGCCUCCAUUCCAACAACAAAAGGACAGAGAAGGUGAGAUGCGACAGACGCUGUGUGAAUGGGGGAAGGGUGGGCUGCAAUGGGGAACUCUCAGGGGAGAUGGGCAUGCUGUUGUUGCAGGACGCGACAGCAAAACAGCACCGGCUUCGAACACCCCAACGAGUGCUUCCUCAGGCAAAGGGGGCCCACAAAGUGGCUCCUCAGGGGCCCCCCGAGGCACCCAUGCCACAGGCAGUAAGAAACCCCCAGCGGCUGCUCCCGCCGAAGCACAUGCACCAGCUCCCAGGGGGAGAGGCACCGGCAACACUGGCGCCUCAGCUGCCAGCGGCAGUAGCAGUAGCAGCGGAGGCUCAACGGCUACCAGCAGCAGCAGCAGCAGGGCGCCGGUACAGCAGCUCCCUCUGCAGACAGAGGAAGAGUUUCUACGGGGGUGUGGUUUCCAAGCUAUUUGGAGCGAGCACUUUGAGGUUUCAGGCCUCAUGAGCGCAGCAGUCAAGCUAUGCAAGCUGGCUCCAACAGAGGGGGAUGAGGAGUGGAACGAGGCUUUGUUGGGAUUUCACCAAAUGCUUGGGCUGUGCAGGGCCAGGUUAGGCCGGCAUCUUUGUCUGCUACAGUCUAGACUGCAGGACGUGCAAGAUGUGCUGCAAAUGGAAGAAGAGAUACAGAGUCGAAUAAAGCUGGUGAGUGCAUAG